AUGUUACGGAACGGCUUUGUUGCUUUGCUGGUCUCGGUGUCUGCUGUACUAACGACUGCCGAGACAUCUGCGUUCAGCAAAGCGAGCAACGAUAGUCUGCUAUGGGGACCAUAUCGAUCAAAUCUCUACUUCGGCAUUCGGCCUCGACUACCACGUUCCCUUUCCACGGGUCUACUUUGGGCUCGAGUCGAGGACUUCACUGUCAUACAAGAUCAGAUCCGUGUCACCUGUGAACAACAUGCGGGCAUGGCAGGUUAUGGCUGGGAUGCGUAUGAUCCAAGAAUCGGCGGCGUACAGGUGGUGCACGACAAAGGCCAUGGCAUUGAUCUUGAGACUAGUUUCGUGAAGUUCGACGAAGGCAUUGGAGGAUGGGCAGCCAGGAUCAAAGGCACGAUCAGAGACGACGCAGAAGCUGGUGCUGGCAGCCCGCGCGGCACCCACCAACUCAAGACCGCUGUAUGGUUCAGCGUCACUCUCGAUGGCAUCGGAAGCAUUGAACCACGAGAUGCCGAAUCAAAUGCGGAACUUGGCUACGAAGAUGAAGUCGAAUUCACGGGCAAUUCUGCUGAUCUUGGUGAUUUCAAGCUUAGAAUCACAGAGCCAAAAAGCAACUCACAUCCUGUCGCUUCGCACGAAGCAUACCAAUCAAGACCUCUUGAUCGAACCUUAGUAAAUUCGUUUCAGAUUGCUCAAGAAAACAUCUGGCAAACAAAGGGAAUGCUUUACUCCUCACUCAGGACUACCAUCGAUGAGCUUGUCGAAAUUUACGGCAACGACAAAUUGCCUCCCCCGUGGCAGACAUUCACUAUCCCAAACAAGCCAGGGAAGGGCAAUGGUCACCUCGUUCAAAAGAAUUUUGAAGGCCCAUUUGAGUUCGACGUGUUCUACACGCCAGCCUCGAAGGAAGCCGUCACGUCAGAGGAUCUUACCAAAGCACUGAAGUCGGCCUCGGAGGCAUUUGACAAGAAAUAUUCGAGCACUUUCCAGCGACAAGCUCCUUUCACUGACAAGAAGUAUGACGGAUUUGGAAAAUCACUAUUCAGCAAUCUCAUCGGAGGUAUCGGCUACUUUCACGGAGAUCAGAUGAUCGACCGAUCAUACGCUCCUGAAUACGAAGAGGAUGAUGAAAAUUUCUGGGAAGCCGCUGCUGAGGCACGCGCUCGCGGCGCGCAGACUCCCGAAGGUCCAUACGAGUUGUUCACAUCGGUACCCUCGCGACCCUUUUUCCCCCGUGGAUUCCUGUGGGACGAGGGAUUCCAUCUACUGCCUAUUCUUGAGUGGGAUGCCGAAAUUGCGAUGCAGAUCAUUAGCUCAUGGUACAACACUAUGGACAGUGACGGAUGGAUCGCGCGGGAGCAGAUUGUUGGAGAUGAAGCGAGAAGUAAAGUCCCAGUGGAGUUCCAGGUUCAAUACCCACAUUAUGCAAAUCCGCCGACUUUAUUCAUGGCAAUUGAAGCGCUUUUGAAUAAGUUCGAUGGAUCGGCAAAGACUAAGGGUGCGCUUUCGGAGAAGUUUGCGGACCCUGAAGCAGUCAGGAGCUGGUUGACGACCUUGUACCCGUUGUUGCAGCGCAACUUCGACUGGUACCGCCGCACUCAAGCCGGCGACAUCAAGACUUAUGAGCGUGAAGCGUUCAGCUCAAAGGAAGGUUACAGAUGGCGCGGACGAACUCCGCGUCACACUCUAACUUCUGGACUGGAUGACUAUCCGCGGGCUCAGCCACCACACAUUGGCGAGUUACAUGUAGACCUGCUUAGCUGGAUCGGACUUAUGGCCCGCAACAUUCAGCGUAUUGCAAGCUACCUCGGUGAGACCGAAGACGCUACCCGAUACGGCAAAAUUGUCGAAGCAAUUGGGCGAAAUGUGGAUGACCUUCAUUGGUCCAAGGAGAAUAAAGCAUACUGCGAUGUGACUGCGGACGAGUACGACGAGUCCUCACAUGUUUGCCACAAAGGCUACAUCAGUCUCUUUCCCUUUAUGACUGGUCUCAUUGGUCCUGAGCAUCAACACCUUAAGGAAGUCCUUGAUCUCAUCGCCGACGAAAACGAGCUCUGGAGUCCUUUUGGUAUUCGUAGUUUGAGCACUCGGGAUUCGGGCUAUGGCCAGGACGAGAAUUACUGGAGAAGCCCAAUCUGGAUCAACAUGAACUACCUGAUUGUGAAAGAGCUAUUGAAUAUCUCACAGCAGCCGGGACCUCAGCGGGAGCGGGCGCAGACGUUGUAUAGCGCACUUCGCAAGAACCUGGUUGACAAUGUCUACAAUUCCUGGCUCGACACAGGCUUUGCUUGGGAGCAAUACAACCCAGACACCGGUGCCGGACAGCGCACACAGCAUUUUACGGGAUGGACUAGUUUGGUGGUACAGUUGAUGGCAAUGCCUGACCUGAAGGCAGGGGUCAAGGUCCACGAUGAGUUGUGA